AUUCAUAUAUGCUCAUUUGUAGGGGUAAGAGGGUAAUGUUAAUCGUAAUGUGUUAUAUGCGAAGUAUACUCAUGUACAAUACACUGUAUAAUUCUUGCUUUCUCUUUCCAGAAUGUCUGGGUUUUUCCAAAGAAACAGGGGCCAGUUCAGAGGUCAAGAUGCUGGUGGAAGCAACUUUAAUCAAGGUUCAUUUCAACCACAGGGUAAUUUGGGGAGACAGCAAAUGAUGAACCCAUGGCAGAGUGGCAUAAUGCCAGUUGGUGGAGGACUUCAGUCUGGCAGAGCUGAUGAAGCAACUCUGGCUUUCAACAUUUUGAAUCAAGUUCUGGCAUCUGACACACCUAUGAUGAACACUGGUUUGAAUCAAGGUGGUGGAUUUCAAGAUAGGAAAGGUAGACAGGGUUUGGGAGGUCGCCUAGAAGACCGGCGAAGGGGUCAGUCUCCUCAGUUUUCCAACCGAAAUAGGGGAGAUGGUGGACGUCAGUGGUCCAGAUCAAGGUCACCCCAACGAAGAGAUAAUCGUUCAAAUGCCAGACGUGACAGCAAUGACCGAAAUAGGAAGUCUGUUUUGGAGAGAUUGGGGAAAGUUCCAGAUAAGAACAGGGCUGCUAAGGAGAGAAGCAAAGAACGUACACCUGCUGAUAAAAGGAGAAAGUCUAGAGACAGGCAGAGCAGUGAAGAUAAGAGUACUAAAGGAGACAGCAAAGGGAAAGAUACUGAUUCGGAUAAGCAGCAAGGGGAACUUUCUGAAGAAAAAUUGGUAAUGGACAAAGAAAAUGAAGAGCAACUGGUCAAGUGUUUGAAGUGCCACAUUUGUGAGAUAGAUUCAUUUGAAAGUGUUGAGAGCUUCAGGAACCACAAAAAGAGUGACGAACACAAGUUACUUCUAGAUAUUCACAACCAGCGAAGUGAGGCUGCCUUACAGCUGAUGAGGGCUGAUGCUAAGUUGGCAGCAAACCGAGAGAGGGAAAAAUCUGGGAAUGCCAACAGAGAAUCGUUUUACACAAGAUGUCCAAAAUGCGACUGCAUUGUUGCAGAUGCGUUCAAGAGCCACAAAAAGUCCAUUGAGCAUGAGCUGGUGGAUAAUCAUGUGUUUCGAGAAUGCUGUGGUUCAACCUUCAUCAGAAGGAAGGAGUUUGAAGAUCAUCGUCUCACCAUCCCACAUCUAAAAAGACAAAUGGAAACAAGGACUGACAAUCCUCUUGAGGAAAAGGUUGUUAUGGCCUUCACAGAGGAAGAAGAAGCAGCAUCUAGCACUCUGCGUGAGUUCAAGGACAAACAUCGUCUUGAUUUAGAGUCUCCAGCUGACUUCCCCAGCUAUGAUCCAGAGAAACCUAUAGGCUUGGGCUAUGUCCACAAGAAGAGGAGAUACAACUGCACUGUAUGCAAUAAAAGCUUUCCUUCCUAUAAUAAUAUGGCCCUUGCUCACUGUCGGUCAUUUAAUCAUUACUUGAUGCUGAUGAAGCAUCUUGAAGGACAAUUAAAGGAGGUAGAGGAUGAUGAAAUGCCUGAGGUAGAAGAAAAAGAUGAGGAGGAUGAAGAAACUGUAAUUAAAAAUGAGGAAGAAAAUACUGAAGAGGAAAAUGAGGUCAGUGGUCCUGCUGAGGAGAAGGAAGAAGAAAACCAAGAAAUGAAAGAUGAGAAUGAAGAAGAAGAAGUCAAGGAAGAUGAGCAAGCAGAGGCUGAAGAGGAUGUGGUGGCAGAUGAUGAGAUGGGAGAAAAUAUGCCCCCACUAGAUGAUGGCGCCAUUGAUUUAGAAGAGAAAGCUGCCGAUGAUGAGGCAACAGCGAUGGAAGCCGAUAAUGAGUUUCCUGAGGAAGAUGCCAAAGAUGAUGUAGCUUCUAAUGAUGAUGCACCAUCUAAUGAUGGGCAAGAAAAUGAGCCUGCUGAUGAUGGAGCCCCUGAGGAAGAAAGUGAGGUAGGAGAAGAAAAUGCCUCAUCUGAAGUACCUAAAGAGGAGGAAAAUGAGGAAACUGUAGCACCUGCAGAAACUGUUGAGGAAGAAGAACCAGAACAAGAACAAGUAGUGAGGAGAAGACCUGCACGAGCCAGAAGGGCCCGUGUGCUGAAACAUUUUUAAAACACUGAAAGAAUGUAUCUUGGUUCUAAAAAUCUUUUCUAAAACUUGGUAAUCUGUAUUGACACUGUUCUUUGGAAAACCACAAAACCGCCUAGAUAUAUAGGAGGACUGAGUAGAUGUGGAUGGUUAUUAUUGCAGUUUAUAUUUUGAGCCAGGAGAACAAUGUUGAUUUUGUCAGAUUUGUAAAGAUUAAAAGUGGAAUACAAGCUAAGUCCGAGUCCUGGCAGCAACAGAUUUAUUUUAAUGUUAAUUACAUGUAGGUUGAAACUGUAUGAGAAUUAAUAGAACAUUGCAUUGAAACUGUAAGAGUUAAUAGAACAUUACAAAUAUAUAGAACAUUAUAUAAGUAAAAA